UGCCGUUUGCCCACCACACUGCCCUCUGGCUGCAUUUUAUUCUUCUGUUCUGCAUUAACAAAGAGUGGAUUAACGCAGAGGGAGAGGAGGCAUCUGCCUAUGGUGACAAAAUCUGAGCAGCGGUAAGGUCUGUUUCUGGAAAAACUUGGCAUCUGCAAUAAAUAUGUAAUCUUGAGGGUAAUAAUGAAUGGUCCAGCACUACGGGAUGACCCCAAAUUGCUUAUUAAGGACCUGCAUUUUGAUGGUGUCCCAGUAAGGCUGUACCAUCCCAAAAAACCAUCGGUUGGAACCAGGCGUGGAAUGGUCUAUCUUCAUGGAGGCGUUGGCCUGCUUGGAAGCAUCCAAGCGUAUGACAGGGUUUGCCGCUACAUUGCCAGAAGAAGUGACACAGUAGUUUUGUGUAUUGAAUAUCGUUUAUCUCCGGAGAACCCAUAUCCAGUCCAGCUAACAGACUGCCGUGUGGCUAUAAUACACUUCAUGAAGAAUGCCGAGCACUAUGGGGUAGACCCCAACCGCAUCAGCCUUUGUGGGGACAGCAGCGGAGGGACUUUCUGUGCGCUCUUUUGCCAAGAACUGGUGACCAGAGCUGAUCUCCCAAGGCUCAAAGGUCAAAUCCUAAUCUAUCCUUUCCUGCAGGCCCUGGACUUCAACCUGCCUUCCUACCAGCAAAACCAUUCAGUUCCUAUCUUGUUCAAGAAACGGGCUAUCCAAUUUGGUAUGGAGUUUCUUGGCCUAAACUCUAAAGAUGCGGAUAGGCUCAUGAUAAAUGCCCAUGUUCCUGCAGAUAUAAAGAUGAAGUUCAGUAAAUGGAUUAGUGCUGAGAAUAUUCCAGAAGAGUUUAAGGUGAGGGGCUAUGUGAAGCCGCAGCCUGCUCCGUUUUCAGAAACACUUUAUGAAAAGUGCAAAGCAUUGAUUUACGAAAUUAGCCCACUUAUAGCUGAAGAUGCCAUUAUUCAACAACUUCCCGACACGUUCCUUUUAACCUGCGAGUAUGAUGUUGUCAGGGACGAUGGAAUUUUAUACAAGAAACGGCUAGAAGAAAAAGGAGUUCCAGUGUCGUGGUAUCAUGAUAAGAACGGCUUCCAUGGGAAACAAUUUUUAAUCAAUUAUGGGUUUUUAGAGUUUCCCGGUACUCGAAAAAAUAUGCAACGCUUAAUACAGUUUUUAGAAGGUCUGUAGGAAGAAUUCAUUUUCAUCUGGCGUGGUAGUUUUGAAUGGCUACAUAGCAAUAUUCCUCUGGUUUUAGGAAACUGUUUGAAUCCCCCCCCCCCACACACACACACAAAUCAAGUCUUUGACAUUCCUGUAACCGCAUAAACUGUCCUGUUGUCAGUAUUGAUGAUGAAGCGGUUUCCGAACUAUUCUUAAUAAAGAAAUGCUAAAAGUGUAAUUUUGGGGGAAGAAAGGAUGGUAGCAGUUCUCAAAGGAUCUCUAAUUGCCUCCACCCAUAGCAGCACUCUUUCUUAGGUACUACUAGGGCUGUGCCUUAGUCGUACAUUGGACCAAUAAUCAGAUAUGAAACCAUGAAAACCCUAUUGAAGCAUUUCCCACAGGAAAUUAUUCCAGGGGGUGGGGCGAUGUCUUUGAUAGCAGGAACCCAUGUGAUACUGUACCACAUUGUGCAGCUGCAACACACAGGCACAUAGGAAGCUGCCUUAUAUGGUGUCAGACCCAGUAUCAUUUUGUAUAAUAUCCAGCCGAGUACAAGGCUGUCCCCGUCACCUUCUCCCGCUGAUCAUUCCCAGCAUAAUUGUCUUUUCGAGUGAGUCAGCUCACAUGACAUGACCAAAAUAUGUCAGUCUAUGUUGGGUAAUCUUAGCUUCUAGCGAUAUUAUUGGUUUAACUUGAUCUAAAACUUCCUUAUUUGAAAUUCUCGCUGUCCAUGGGAUAUGCAACAAUCGCCUCCAGCACCACAUCUCAAAAGCCUCCAUCCUUCUCCUAUCUGCCUUCUUCAAAGCCCAAGUUUCACAGCCAUAUGUGGCUAUUGGAAAUAUUAUUGCAUUAACCAAUCUGCCUUUGGUUAGGAAACUACUAUCUUUGCUCUUCCAAAUUUUAUUCAUGCUGAUCAUUGCGGUUCUUCCAAAUGCUAUAUGCCUCCUGAUCUCUGGGCUACAGUCACCACAUUGAUCGAUUUUAGAGCCAAGAAAAAUAAAUUCCUCUACUACC